AUGGGACAUGAGGAGCAUGGAGGGACUUGGCACAUGGAAGCAGCUCAACUGGAUACGCAAAGGAAGAAGGGAGAAGCCAUCUUGAAGACCAGCUCGACCGUCUACUCGACCAACCGGUCGAGUUCCUCAACUCGACCGGCCAAGCUUCAACUCGAUCGAGCUGGAAGUCAAAAGGAAUUGAUUGAUUGUGAUUGCACCAUUUCAUCUUUAUUCACCCCUGUUUGCAUUCCACCUCAUAUCUUAUCAUCUUCAUUCAUAUCAUAUCACACCCACGCAAAAACUUUUAUCAUCACUAGGGCAUUGGAUGAGCUAGUCCCACCAUCAAGGGUGAUAGUGAGGACUGAUGAGAGCACCUCCUUCAGCUUGGUUGGAUCCCUGGACUGCUCAGAAGUGAUCAAAGCUCUAGCUCUAGAGAAUGGUCUUGUUCUUCCCUUGUACCUUAUCUUGUAUUCAAUCUUCCCAUUUUCAAAUUUGGAGGGAAACAAGGUCAUAGUGAACUGA